GAUCUACAGUCAUUCAGUCGGUUGGCUCACACGACAACUGUGGUUAAUUUCGAUAAUCUCAACUUCGGUGUGUGCCAGUUUAUAUCACAAAACACUAUCAUGAAGGGCUAUUUGUACGCGUUGUGCGUGCUCGGUGUUUGCGCUUACGCGUUCGCCGCGGACGACAAAGUCGCCGCCGCCGCCGCCGAAGACAAGGGCCAGGACAAAACCCACAACAAAAGAAGCCUCGGACUGGGCUUAGGAUUCGGUUUGGGCGGUGCGGAAUACGGACCGGCCUUCGGUUCGGGAUUAGGGCUGAGAUCGUCGUUGGACUAUGCCGCCGGUGAUUACGGCUUGGGCUUGGCGUCGUCCAGGCUGUCCUACGGAGGAGGUUACGGUUACGGAGCCGGUGCCGCUUAUGGGUUCGGCGGCGGCGCCUUGUUGGAAGCGCCCAGCAGAGUCAUCUCGAAAACCGUUCUCAAGGAGGUCGCUCAACCGUACCCGGUGCCCGUGGAAAAGCACGUGCCCUACCCCGUUAACGUGCCCGUGGCCGUGGACAGGCCGUACCCCGUGCACGUGCCCAGACCGUACCCGGUGCACGUCGAGAGAGCCGUACCGUACCCCGUGAAAGUGGGAGUCCCGCAACCGUACCCCGUCUACAAGAACGUCCCGUACCCGGUCAAGGUGCCCGUCGACAGGCCGUACCCGGUGGACGUGCCCAAACCGUACCCCGUAGUGGUCGAGAAACGCGUGCCGUACACCGUGGAGAAACACGUGCCUUACCCGGUGCACGUACCGGUAGACAGGCCGUACACCGUGCACGUGCCGGUGGAGAAACGCGUACCGUACCCGGUUGAGAAGCCGGUGCCUUACCCGGUGCAAGUCCCAGUGGACCGCCCGUACCCGGUCACCGUCGAGAAGCACGUCCCGUACCCGGUAGAGAAGCCCGUGCCGUAUCCAGUGGAGAAGGCCGUGCCGUACCCGGUCAGCUAUCCGGUCCACGUCGGAGUCCCGUACCCGGUCGAACAACGUGUGGCCAUUCCAGCUCCGGUCGUCCACGAAGCCCCGGUCAUUGCCGCCGCACCCGCUCCAAUCAUAGCCGCUGAGCCGCUCAACGAUUGCGAACCGGCCGAUGCCUGGAAGAAAGAAGUAAAAAAGUCGUUUCAGGUGUGUGUGUGUGUGUGUGACACUGAAUGGACUCUAGAAAGUAGGUCUCGCGCGCGCGGCGGCGGGGUGGGAGCACAAACCGGGUUCGUCGGCGGACACUACAAAACCGGCGGAUUUCAAUGGACAGCACUCAUUCGGUCGUUCCAAUCUGUAAAUCGAGCAACAACACACAUCAUGAAAACGGCAAUAUUCGCAGUGUGCGCGUUCGGGUUGUGCGCCUACGCCCUGGCCGCCGAGCAGCCGGCCAAAGACGGCGACAAGAAGAAGUCGGCCGACGACAAGACGCAAGGCAAGAGAAGCCUGUUCGACACCGACUACGGUUACGGCGCCAGCAGCUACGGCUCCAGCGGUUACGGAGAUUUGAGCGGCUACGGACUGGGCGCGAGCUACGGCGGCGGUUACAGCGAUGGCUACAGCAGCGGUUACGGCAGCAGUUACGGUAGCGGUUACAGCAGCGGUUACGGCAGCGGUUACGGAUACGAGCACGUGCCCACCAAGGUGAUCACCAAGGGCGUGUCGGUGCCGUACCCGGUGGAAGUGAACAGACCCGUGCCGUACCCCGUCAAAGUGGCCGUGCCGGUCGACAGGCCGUACCCCGUGGACGUGCCCCAGCCGUACACCGUGCACGUGGAGAAGCCGUAUCCCGUGAAGGUGCCAGUCGCCGAACCGUACCCAGUGGUCAAGGAAGUGCCGGUGGCCGUCAAGGUUCCGGUCGACAGGCCAUACCCGGUGCACGUAGAGAAGCCGUACCCGGUGUACGUGACCAAGGAAGUGCCAUACCCCGUGGAGAAGAACAUCCCGGUGCCCGUCAAGGUGCCAGUCGACAGACCGUACCCCGUGCACGUGCCAGUCGAGAAAAUCGUGCCGUACCCGGUCGAGAAGCCCGUCCACUACCCCGUCAAAGUGCCAGUCGACCGCCCGUACCCGGUGCAUGUGAUCAAGAAGAUCCCGUACCCGGUCGAAAAGCCCGUGCCGUACCCAGUUGAACACGUCGUGCCUUACCCGGUCAAAGUUCCUGUGAAAGUCGCCGUGCCAGUGCCAUACGCCGUCAAGACCUACCACCACGAACCGGUAUACCACUCCGAGCCCAGCUACAGUCACAGUUACAGUAACAGUUACCACGGUAGCAGUUACCCCAGUAGCAGUUACCACGGUAGCAGUUACCACGGUAGCAGUGGAGGAUACUGAAAACAACCGCUCACGCUAGUCACGCUCAAUCCAUUUGCCGGUUACCAAUACACAGUAUUACAAUAUAUAUAUAUUUAUACUCAUAGUUUACUUUGCCAAGUUACCACGGCUGUAAUUAUAGGUAUUCGAGCGUUUUCGACUUUUUCAAACGAAAAUCAAAAUUUAGCCUCAAACGUAUUUUUAAGUAGAAUAAUUCGAAAACUCAACUAUACCCAACAUCUAAAUAGUGUUGUACAAUUAUAUUACUGUAAUCGUCAUUCAUCGUUGUUCAAUCAAACACAAAUUAUAUUAUGAUUUUUAGAUCUCCAAUGUUCGCGUACAAUUAUUAUUAUAGUUGACACUCUGGGCCAUUGCAAUGUACGUUAAAUAUUAUAAUAUUAUUAUUGAUAAUCAUUUUAUUAUUGUAUUUCAGCUCAAAUAUAUAUAUAUAUUCAUAAUACCUAUCAACUUGUUUGUAAAUAACUGUACAAACCACAAAAACUAUAAUAUGAUAUGCGCGUUAUUGUAAAACGUCGAUAAUGUUGUGUGUACUCAUUAAUAAAAUACAUUUAUUUUUUUUUCAA